CCCGGCAUAACUACAGACGAAAUUGACCGGAUCGUCCACGAAGCCUGCUUGGCACGCGACUCGUAUCCGUCUCCCUUAAACUAUUGCGGUUUUCCCAAAUCCUGCUGCACGUCCGUCAACGAGGUUAUUUGCCAUGGCAUUCCUGACCAGAGGCCACUGCGGGAGGGCGACAUUGUGAACAUUGAUGUCACUCUCUACCACGACGGGUACCAUGGAGAUCUCAACGAAACCGUAUUUGUAGGAAAGGCAGACGAGAGCUCCAUUCGCCUUAUAAAAUCGACUUACGAGUGCCUACAAAAAGCGAUCCGCAUCUGCAGGCCUGGCGCGUUGUACCGCUCCAUCGGCGAAAUUAUUCAAAGUCACGCCACUGCCUGCGGUCUUUCGGUAGUUCGCUCCUACUGCGGUCAUGGGAUCCAUGAGCUCUUCCACACGACUCCAAACGUGCCUCACUACGCUAAAAACAAGGCCAUCGGCGUUAUGAAGGAAGGCCACGUGUUUACAAUAGAACCGAUGAUCAACUUGGGCACUUUUCACGAUAAAAUGUGGCCGGACGACUGGACUUCUGUAACGAAAGACGGGAAGCGCUCUGCACAGUUUGAGCAUCAACUGCUCAUCACGAAGAACGGAUGUGAAGUACUGACUGAAAACAAGAAGGGGAAGCCUUGGUGGAAAAUACAGCUUGAAGUUCAGGAUUGAUAAGGCAACCAUUGGACAAACUAUGAACUACAAAAGUUAUUGGGCUUUUUAAACAUAAUU